AUGAAGCAGAGCCUCCUCGCCACCGUCGCUCUGGCGACACUCGCAUCCACGGAGUACAUCUGGCCGUCGAUUUACGAUGAGAUCGAGGACCACCUCUCCCUGCAGUCCGGAUACCUGCGCAGGGGCUUCAUUGAUGGCGUUCUCACAUGCGGUUUUGGUACAAACAUCCAAGGCCGUCAAAACUCGGCUGAAUGGAUUCGGAGCGCCUUCCACGAUAUGGCGACCCAUGAUGCUGAAGCUGGAACAGGAGGUCUUGACGCAUCCAUCUUCUUCGAGCUAGAGCGGGCGGAAAACAUCGGCAAGGCUUUCAACAAUACGUUUGGCUUCUUCAGCAGCUUCUACUCUGCGCGCGCGUCAGCCUCUGACUUGUUGGCGAUGAGUGUGCUUGUAGCCAGCUACUCCUGCGGCGGCAUCAAGAUCCCAUUCCGUGCCGGCCGUGUUGACGCCCAAGAAGCAGGACCGGCAGGCGUUCCAGAGCCGCAGACCGACUUGGAAGCCACUCAGGCGGCUUUCACCAAGGCUGGGUUCUCAACGCAGGACAUGAUUGCCAUGGUGGCCUGCGGUCAUAGCCUCGGAGGAGUACACAGCACCGAUUUUCCUGAGAUCGUCGGCGUUGAAGCGGAUCCCAACAACGACACCGUCGCUCAUUUUGAUGUCAAGUUUGACAACUUCGACAAUGGCGUGGUCACGGAGUACUUGGAUGGGUCGACGAAGAAUCCUUUGGUUGCGGGAACCAACGACACCCUCAACUCCGACAAGCGCAUCUUCGGCGCUGAUGGUAACAAGACGAUGCAAGCGAUGGCCGACCCGAACACGUUCCAGACAAUGUGUGCCGAUAUCUUCACUCGUAUGAUCGACACGGUCCCCGCGAGUGUCAAGCUCAGCGACCCUAUUGUCGCGACGGACAUCAAACCCUACAUUAACGGCUUGUAUCUGAAGGACGACGGGAACAUCUCGUUCGCUGGCCGCAUCCGUAUUCGCACUUCAGCCGAGACUGGACGAGACCCGACAGAUCUUUCCGUGCAGUUGACCUAUGCCGACCGCAACGGUAAUGGAUCAGAGGUGAUCACCACAAGAAAAGCGACCUUCCAAGGCGGAUCUGCUUCCGGACUUUGGCGCGAGUCCUUUGCCUGGUGGGAGUUUGACACCACUAUUAGCCCUGAAACGGGUAUCAGCAAGUUUUACAUUCACGUAACCAAAACUUCCACGAACGAGACGAUCACAUACGACAAUGCUGGAAAUGCAUACCCCAUGGAUGAUGCCCUCCUGUACCAGGAAAGCCAGUCUUGUCUCGAUACCAAUAUUGUUAACGGGCAGAUGGCUCUCACUGUCAAGGCCUUUGUGCGCAAGGACCGUCUACCCGCUGCAGCAAGCGACCUGACCCUGGACCUCGUCAACGAAUUCCGCCGACAAGGUGUUAUCGUACCAAGACUGGAGACGGAGAAGAUUCCUUUCAAGGCCGCAGGGGAGGAGAAGGAGCAGUGGGUCGCUUACAAGGCCUCUGGUAAAGUCAAUGCAGAUGGCUGGAACACCAGCUUUGAUAUCAAGCUGGGUGGAGACAAGGCGGUAGAAGUCGCAUUCAAGAAGACCGGUGGCUUGGGAUCAAAUGUCUGCUCUUAG